AUGAGUGACCCGUCAUCACGUUGUAUGACUAUUGGCUGUUGGAGGAGUCAUGCUGUAUCUCAAGACUUCAUUCACAGGAUUCUGAAUUUACGUUUCGCUGCCAGCUCUUGGGCGUCCAAACUGUGGAAACGACGUCAUCCGCAAAUCAAUCCCUGUGAUCACGAAGCACGAGAGGAUGAGUGGAUAUUCGUUACGCUGGCCCCAUCGCGAAUUCUUCGAGUUAUUCAUGUUGUUCCUGGUGGAAUUGCUCGCAGGAAUUCAUUGGCUCUCAACGACAGUCGCCCAAGAACGACUAGAAAUAAUAAUUCGGUCGUUCUACUAAACCUGCCUCGACAUCAUAGUGAUUCACAAUUGUACUCGACAUCUCACGAAAGCCUUCCGGAAGAUCCCUCCACUCUACCGUGUUGCUACGAUUCGGAUUCAUCUCAUUCCAGUUUUGUCGUUGCGGUCAAGGAUGAGAAAAUGUGGCGACGUUGCUUCCAUCAUCGAGUGGCGCCGCGUUCUAGACCGCGACAUCAGCUGACGCCUCAAGUUGAAGGCCGUGACGGGCCGACUGCGAAGAUUGUUGGAACAGAGCCUGGUGACCUCGAUGAUUUGGGCGGGACAAAUGUGCUACUGGGAAGUGAACAAGAAAAAUCGGUUGAUAAGGCUACAAGUUCGGAAUGCAUCGACGGAAGCUAUCCAAAUCUAGCGUUCCAGGGUGAUGGAGAUAUCUUAGGAGGAGAACAGGCAAUGAACGGAAACGCGAACUCCGAAACAGCUGUUGGCUAUCGUCCAUCGAAUUUGGAAAGCUUAAGACACAGCGUUUUGCGUUGGUUGAGAGAGCGAAAAAAAAGUCCUACAAAGAAACAAAAACGCCGCAGACGACAUCGUCGAAGACUGGAUAUCGAAUCCAUGAAGCAUCCGCCGGAUAUUGAUGCCUCGCAACGAGAAAACUAUACUGUUGAGAAAGUGAUCAUGGAUAGCAUCGAAAAAGGGAAUGCCCGUAAACCACGAAAGAGAGCUAGGAUUCUAUUUCUCAUUCACGGAGUGGGAGGUUCCGCGGAUACUUGGAGGGGACAAAUUAACUACUUUCGAGAGGCUGGGUUCGAAAUUGUCGCACCAGACUUGUUGGGUCACGGCUUUUCUUCCGCUCCGGAUAAUCUCAAAGAAUUCGAAUUCAAGCAUUUAUUCGCUGAUGUUCUUGCAAUAUUCGACCAGUUCAUUCCUCGAGGCGCCAAAGCAGUGAUAGUAGGACAUUCGUAUGGUUGCUCCUUCGCUACAAAGUUGGCUCGUGUUCGUCCUGAUGGAGUGUGUCUUCUCGUUUUGAUCAGUGGAGGUGGACCGAAUCCAUUGGUGCCACCAUCGAACGGCGUGUUGGCGUUGCCUACGUGGUUGUUGCAAAUGUUGCAUCCGUGUCUACGGGUUUAUGUUCAAAGGGCUUUAUUUGAAGGAAAUUCAGGAAGAAAUGGGAAUCCAUUAUCGCAGGCGUAUGACAUUCCCCCUUACGUGCUUCAUCAUGUGAUGCGAGGCCAGAUUUGGCCAGAAGGCGAUUCUAGUUUCCACCGGAAAAUUGCAGUGCCUGUGUUGUUGGUCUAUGGAUUGCAAGAUCCUCUCGUAUCGUUGGUAGAGAUGUGCGAAAUGGAACGCACGGCGAUUCGCGCUGCCGUGGAGCGCAAUUUCCAGAUCGGUGGUCCUGUUUCAAAGCUGUAUUCCCGCUUGGGUUCAGGCAGGAAUGGCAAACAUGGCCGACAAAAGGGCCCUUGGGCCAGGAGCACGCCAAAACGCCAGAUGGGCGCAGAUGGUCACCUCAAAGAAAAGGAAAACAACACCCGGUGCAGCUGCGCGUACUGCGCAGUUGCAAUGGAAAAUUUCAAAGAUCCCGGCUGGGAGUAUCCAAUGCAAAGGAGACACCGACAUCCUCGUGCCAACGCGCCGCGCGGGAAGGAAAGAUCCUCCGGCGUUCCGGGGAAUCUUCCGAGAUCCCCGCGGACGGCCUGGAUCCUUCAGCAUUCUGAGUUGGAGAACUCUUCAGCCAACAUGAUAAACAAACAAAGCAAACAAAAUUCAAACCAAUGGGCAACCAAAGGGCGAGCCAUUGGCGACCAAAGGGACCCAUUUCAAGACGACGCCAUCCGUCAAGCUUUAGGUCCUGAUGGGGGAGCGGCUACUCGGGCAUUCGAAGAAUCUAAUCCGUUUGAAACAGAACCUUCGAGACCCAUGACGCAGGUGCGUGGAGCAUCUCAUCCGCCCCCGGUGAUCGGCGUCAACAAUCCGCCUGCCGUUUUUCCUGUGCAAUCAAGCGCGGUGUCUCAACCUCCUGCGUACUCACGCACAGGUCAACAGCAGUUGGACGAGAGUGCUCGUGAAGCGUUGAAGAGGCGGGAGAGAGAAUUGGACGAAAAAGCGCAGGAACUGGAACGACGAGAACGAAGCCUGCAAGAACAAGCCAAUCCUGGCCUGAGAAAAAAUAACUGGCCACCUCUUCCUGAAAAGUUCUGUGUUGGCCCCUGCUUUUAUCAGGACAUUAACGUUGAGAUUCCUCCUGAAUUUCAACGCAUCGUUCGUUUGUUAUACUACUUGUGGAUGUGUAAUGGCAUCAUUACUGGCCUGGCAGCCGUCACUGCCGAUAAAGGUGCUGGAGGUGUUGUCGUUGGCAUUUUAGUGCUGCUGAUUAGUUUGGCCUUCGCUGCUGGAGCCCUUAUGGACUUUCUAAUGCUAUUAAAGGUUCACAGGAUUUAUCGCAGUGCUGGAGCGAGUUUCUCAAAAGCUCAGGAAGAAAUCAGAUCUGGGGUUUUGCGUCACGAAACUACCCGUAGCUUCAUGGCUGAUGCUGCUUCUGCUGCCGUGCGAUCACAGCUGAACCCAAGCGGUCCAACCCCCCGAUCUGCGUCAACGAGACAUUUUGAAACGAGGAAGGCUCGUCGAAAUGACGUCGGUGUUCGACGAAGGUUUGAAACGUUGAGGAGAACUGGCCAUGAGGUGGAAAUAGAUAAGUUAACCGACGAUGUAAGCCUUGGGUUGGACGAGCAUAAUUAUUUCAAGAAGGUGGAUUCAUUCCACGCCGAAGAUCAGUCAAUCGGCAUGUCUGCGUCAAUGCGCUACCGCAUGAUCGAAAGAAAAUCGUUCCAAGAUCUCGCUCCCCGUGAACCAGAUUUACUCACAUGGAUCGCGAAAGAGAAAAUUCGGUACCUGAAUCUGAAGGAUCCACAAUCUUGGACGCCCGAGAAAUUGGCCGAAUCAUUCCCAUGCUCCGUACGUAAAAUCAAGGAAAUCCUACGCAGCAAGUGGGUUCCAAAAUCUAGUAAUGAUCUUGAGAAGCAUGACGAUUCCGUUCUUGAAGCAUGGAAAGUUAUCGGAAAGAAUCUUGGUGGCCCUUUGUCAACGAAAGCAGUGGACAAGGUGACAUCCUCCUCACGUAUUGGCCUCGCUUGGUCUGGGAGUGCAAUCUUACCAAACCGGAAGGCGAAAUCUUUGCCGGAUAAUGGCGAAUUUUUCGGUUUGCUCUCUGAGCAGGCGAAACCCUGGCGUGAAAACAUGAACAGGAAGGAUGUGCUUCAGUUUAUCUCAGCCUCGGAAAAAGGAGGAAGCGUCAGCCUAGUCAGUUGGGUUGCAUUGAAGAAUGCGUUGUAUCGAGCUGAUUGUGCCGCCAAGGUACAGUUUUCGAGGAUUUCUGAUGCGUCGGAUCAUCUGAGGAAUUCAUCGCCCGCAUCAUCUUCGAUGCCGUGGGCAUUUCUCUGGUCCAUGUUGAAACCAUAUUUGCUUUUGCUUGCUGGAGCCGUUGUGAGUGCACUCUUGGUGGCUUGGCUAAACAUAGAGAUUCCACGAUUACUUGGAUCCAUCAUCGGUGUAGUUUCGAAAUUUAUCGUCAACGAACGACCCAUCGCUGGUGAAGUUGCUGAUGCUUCAAAUACUCCUUUCGGGGCCGAAUUUUUUGCUGCCAUUAAAGCCCCCGCCCUGCGCUUGCUGGCCGUAUAUGCAUUCCAAGCAAACAUGACGUACAUCUACCUCCGCAUGCUGUCAUCGCUUGGCGAACGAGUCGCUUCUGAUCUCCGUCGUAAAUUACUCGACUCCCUGCUUGUGCAAGAUAUUACCUUCUUCGACGAUCAUCGGACGGGAGACCUAGUGAAUCGCCUCACCACGGAUGUGCAAGACUUCAAAAGCAGUUUCAAGCUCUGCGUGUCUCAAGGACUGCGGAGCUCAGCUCAAGCUCUCGGCUGCCUUGUGUCCGCCUACUUCAUCUCUCCGGAAAUGACGCGCAUGAUGGCGUUAGUGGUGCCCGCUAUGAUCUUGGUCGGUGCUACGAUAGGAUCAUCGCUGAGGCGGCUAUCGAAGGAAUCGCAGGCUCAAAUAGCAAAGGCGACGGCCGUGGCGGAUGAAGCCAUUGGGAAUAUUCGUGUCGUUCGAGCCUUUGGCAUGGAGGAACAAGAGAAAAGUCUGUACGCACAAGAAGUUGACAAAGCAAGGGAAUUCAGCGAAAAGCUGGGUCACGGCAUUGCUCUAUUUCAGGGGCUGACAAAUUUCGGGCUGAAUUGUUUGUCGCUGGGGAUACUAUUUCUUGGUGGGUCUUUGGUGUCGACGGGGCAGCUCGGCGCUGGGGAUCUCAUGUCAUUCCUGAUGGCGACGCAAACCAUCCAGAGGUCCCUGGGACAAAUUUCCCUCAUCUAUGGGCACUACGUGCGAGGAUCCACGGCAGCCGGUCGCGUUUACGAAUUCCUGGAUGCCUCGCCCGUUAUCUGCAUCCGCGGUGGCCUGAUCAUUCCGGAACAGCGACUCAAAGGUCAGCGAAUCCUGCAGGUCAUGCCCUGCCAGUCUGGAUUUUUUGUUUUGUUCAGCCUGCGCUGGUUGCUUGAGUACCGAAUCUGGCUGUUGGCCAAAAAUGUUCGUCUGAUCUACUCAAGUGCCAUCGUGGCAAUGACAGCCGCAUCCGCUGUACAUGCUCAGGCCGAGCUUGCACAAAAAUGUCUUGCAUGGCACAUCCAAUGCUACUACUUUCCUCCUGACGUUUUCUUCCGUCGCUACCUGAUGUCUCGGUUUGCGCGGAUCUUCGAUGACUUUCUUUUGAACUGA